CACGUGAAAUUUGUUCCCGAAGUAAGAAUGAUGGUGAUGUUCGCACACGGGCAGACAGCCUUCGAAACGGGAAUUGUGGUACUGAAAUGUUGUGCUGAAUAGGCGUCUGUUCGGAUACCAGCACUGCUUUAAGAUCACUGUGCAUUCAACCGAAAAGCAUUCAUGAGUGGCAUCUAUACUCAAGUCAAGCCAAAUGCUGAUCUUUAAAAACAAUAAAGCAUGCUGCAGUAAUCCCUGGCACAGACACCUCCAAAGUUUCUGCACUUUGAAGAAUAAUAAGCAGAUCCAACCAGGACGAAUAGGAGAUGACAAUUCUACAACUCUUUUUCUCUCUGCUGUGCCCAUUUUUUUAGGACAGCAGUUGUUUUUGGUCAGAAAUUGCUUUCUUGUUCAGAUGCACAAAACACAUCUCAAAAUCCAAUUGUUCUGAGUCACUAUGAGUAAUGACAUAUUUCAAACACCCGAGAGCAGUGGCAACAGUCUAGUGAGGGGAGCCAUACAUAAGGAUGAAGGAACAAUCGCAUCCAAUGCUUCUCCUGGAAUGAUUGACAGCUCCCUCCGCAGUCACAGCCAGGCUGUUUGUCCCAGACUGUGUAUCUCUGCGGUUCCUCAGCCAUCCCACUCGGAUGACACUGAUGCACACUCCAGCGGAAACGACUCGGCCGAGAGAGAGAGCGAAGGGCACAUGGGUAGAGGAACAUCCACCUGCGGCUCUCACAAUGGAAAGGGUUCAACCACUGAGACUACAGAAAGCAAGAGCUCAAAUGGAAACAGUCCCUCACCACCUAGCAGCUCAGUGCCGUAUAGCCUUUUGAGUGGCAGCUCGGAGCUGGAUCACCCGACCUCGCAGACGCCCAGCGGUGACCUGCCUGCCCGGUUGCAGACCCAGAGAGAGCUGCUGAAGGCCCUGCACGAGCUGAAAAUCCGCAUGCCGGCGGAUCACCGCAGAAAGGGACGAUCUAGCACACUGGCCUCGCUGCAAUACGCGCUCAGCUGCGUCAAACAAGUCCGAGCGAAUCAAGAGUACUAUCAUCAGUGGAGUGUGGAAGAGAGCCACGGAUGUUGUUUGGACUUGUCCUCAUUCACUAUCGAAGAGCUAGACAACAUUUCAUCUGAGUAUACGCUUCAAAACACGGACACUUUCUCUGUGACAGUUUCCUUCCUCUCUGGGAGAGUAGUGUUCAUCUCACCCCAGGCGGCUUCUCUUCUGUAUUGUAAAGCAGAGAGGCUGCAGGGGGCGCUGUUUUCCGAGCUCCUCGCACCUCAGGAUGUCAGCACUUUUUACAGCAGCACGGCUCCCUGUCGCCUGCCACCAUGGGCUUUAUGUGCAGGAAACACCUCACAGGUGGACUGUGCCGAGAAGUCAAUGUUUUGUCGGAUCAGCAGGGGCAGGGACAGCGACGGAGAGGUUAAAUAUUAUCCCUUCCGGCUGACACCGUAUCAGCUGACCCUAAGAGACUCUGACACAUCUCAGCCCGAGCCCUGCUGUCUCCUCAUCGCAGAGAGAGUUCACUCUGGAUACGAGGCACCCCGUAUCCCGGCAGAAAAAAGAAUUUUCACAACCAGUCACACCCCAACCUGCCUCUUCCAAGAAGUUGAUGAAAGGGCCGUUCCUCUUUUGGGUUACCUACCUCAGGACUUGGUUGGUAAACCGGUGUUGGUUUAUCUGCAUCCAGAGGACAGACUCCUCAUGGUGGCCAUACAUAAGAAAAUUCUCCAGUUUGCGGGGCAGCCAUUCAAACACACUCCUCUGCGAAUGCGAGCGAGGAGCGGGGAGUACCUGACUCUUGAUACAAGCUGGUCGUCCUUUAUUAACCCUUGGAGCAGGAAGGUGGCAUUUAUCGUGGGGCGGCACAAGGUUCGAACGAUUCCUCUGAAUGAGGACGUGUUCACAACUCCUGAGGGUGGGGAGGUGAAGGCCAUGUCCCCAGAUGUGCCACAGCUCAAUGAACUCAUCCACAGGUUUCUGGUGCAGCCAAUUCACAACGGCAGCUCGCAGGGAUACGGCAGUCUGGGCAGCAGCGGCUCCCAUGAGCUCCAGCAGAGCGCACAUUCAUCUUCUGAGAGUAACGGACACACUUCAGAGGACCAAAUCAAGCCCAGGAAACCAAUGACAUUCGAGCAGAUUUGUCAAGACGUGCACAUGUUGAAAACCAGCGGACAGCAGGUCUUCAUCGAAUCCAGAAACCGGCCUUCUCCUCUCAAACAGGAUAGCUUGGUAACUCUGGAGAAGGCAGCAGAGAUGACGGAAGUAUCCGCUAGAGAAGGUCUGGCUGGAUUGGCAUUGUCCAGUCCACCCAGGAAAGAGCUGCCCCUCAUGUAUUCAUACCAACAGAUCAACUGUCUGGACAGCAUCGUCCGAUAUCUGGAGAGCUUUAACGUCCCUGGUACAGUAAAGAGGAAGCGCGGCUCAUCUUCCGGCACAACCUCUUCCACUUCAGAUGAUGAUAAACAACUGGAGGCAGUCGGAGCGAUGGAAGACACUCUCGUGGUGGCUGAGAGGUCAAAGGUCAUCCCUGCAGCCCCAGCACACCCCCUGACUCCUCUCGCUCUGCACUGUAAGGCCGAAAGCGUCGUCUCGGCCACGUCACUGUGCAGUUUUAGCAGUAUCAUCGUUCACGUCGGUGACAAAAAGCCUCCUGAAUCAGACAUUGUUAUGAUGGAGGAACCGCCAACCACCCCAACACCUUCCACCACAGCUCUUCCCACUUCUGUCACCUUCCCCAAGCCUGUGAAUCCCCAACCGACGCCAUCUCCCACCACUGCUUCCCAUGAAAAUGAAAAAGAGAGAAGAGGAUCAGGGAAAGGCCUCACAAAAGCUGUCCUAUCUGCUCACACCCAGCAAGAGGAGCAGGCCUUCCUCAACCGCUUUAGAGACAUCAGCCAGCUGCGGAUGGUGCAGCCCACCAGUCAGCCUCAGCGCAAACAUAUGUCUACGCCUGGCAAAAAAGGAGUAAACAGCUCCCAAAACUAUCCAUCAGGAAGCAGCAGUCGUCGACAUGGCAGAGGUGGAAAAAGGAGAAAACACCAAAUGGAUGGAAAUGUUCCUGAUUCUCCCUCUCUUGCUGGGUCUUGUCCCUAUAGAGCACCCAGACCACCGUUAGCAUCUGUCCAGCAAUCUUCCAACUCCUGGCCACCAUCUGUGGGCUCUCAAGGCGGCGGUGCUCCAGUGGAAACGUCGUUUCCUCCGGGUUACAUGCCCAUGUAUCCCAUUUCAUCCCCAUUCCAUGUGCCCCAAAUGCGUUCGGAUCCAUCGAUGCAAGCAGGUGUUCCUAGAUUCCUCAUGCAGGGCUCUCAGAUGUUCCCUCCAGUGAUGCCCCAAGUAAUGACUUUCAUGUUGCCCAACUACAUGUUUCCACAGAUGGGUAACCCGGGAACACAUUUGAACACACAGCUUAAUGGACAAAUGAACCCGUUGGGCCAGUUCUCAACAUCCAUUGGUCAAUUAAACCCUGGUGUACCUUUUAAUCCGGCGGUGGGGCAAUUCAACCCACUGGGCUCCCAGGUUAAUCCUUCCAUGCCUGCAAUGAUUCCCCAACAGUUUUACAACCCCAAUCCCUUGUUUACGUUCCCCUCACCAAUGCCAGCUGCAAACGCCACCGCUGCAGUCCCAGGACAGUCUCGUUCCAGCACGCCACACUCCACAGGGCAGCAAGCUGAAGAGAGGGAGGGGGCUGGCUCCCCUCUUUUCCAGUCCCGAUGCUCCUCGCCACUCAAUCUGCUACAGCUCGAGGAAUUCCCGAGCAACCGUACGGAUGUCACUCAACAGACCCCACCCCCAGUGGGUGGAGCAUCAGCGCAGGGGGGCGGGACUGGAGUGCAGAAUUCCAGCAAUCGUGGAAGCACCACAGAAGGCAAACUGAACGACAGCACGGAGGUCAAUGAGUCCAACCAGGACAACAUGUCGACCUCUAGUGACAUGUUGGACCUACUGCUACAGGAAGACUCUCGGUCGGGCACCGGCUCAGCCACCUCAGGCUCCGGAUCAUCCGGAUCUGGUUCAGGAUCAUUUCACUCUGGAUCUAAUGGCUGCAGCACAUCAGGAAGUGGCACUAGAAGCAGUAAUACCAGCAAAUACUUUGGAAGCAUUGACUCGUCAGAGAACGAUCACGCUCAUAAACCAGCAUCAUCUGGAGAUAUGGAAGGGGAACAGUUCAUGAAAUUUGUCCUCCAGGAUCCCAUAUGGCUCCUUAUGGCCAACACAGACGACAAGGUCAUGAUGACAUACCAGAUGCCCAUCAGGGAUAGAGAAUCUGUACUGAAAGAAGACAGAGAUGCCCUGAAAGCUGUUCAGAAGUAUCAGCCUCACUUUACUGAGGAUCAGAAGAAAGAAUUAACUCCGGUUCACCCGUGGAUCCAAACUGGCUGCCUACCAAAAGCCAUCAAUGUUAUGUCAUGUACUGGGUGUGGGACUCCCACAGAUUCCUUGACUCCUCCAUUCGAUUUGGACUUUUGUGAGAUGGAUUUCAGCAUGGUUUUAAGAGCGGAGCCUAAACAAUAUGAUAAACUAUUAAAUACAGUUACGGCAGCAACAGCUUUUCCCUUCAGCCCUCCAGCAUCUGAUACUGAGCAGAAAGACACUCAGGCCAACACACAGGACUGGGCAAUGGAGGAGGUGGAAGUGACAUCAUCAGCGGAGGUCAAGCGAGACUAACGACUGCUGGACAGUGAUUGGUUGUCUUGCUUGCUGCCUCUGCAAGUUUGGUGUGAAUCAAUCAGAAGUGCAUUUUUAAGACUUGACAGCUUAUGUUUGUUUUAGUUUUUAUGUUAUUCGAACUUGAUCGAGCAAAGACCAUGGACUAAGGUCAAAGGGUGCAAGUUUUAUGGUGAUAUUUUUUCUUACAUUUCAGGUCAGUCAGUAUCGAUGAUUUACCUUUAAACAAUACACGUAUUAUGCAUACUUUAUACCAUUAAGAGAUUUUGCUUACAAAGCUAUAAAGUCAAAGGAAAAAAUAAAAAAUAUGUAAUUUUCGCAGCUUAAAGGGACGUGAAAUAUUAAUUCACUUUUUUUUAUUUUGAUGUUCAGAUCAAUUGCACAAAAUGGAUGUUAGCAUCCAUUAAAAAACGAGUUGCACCAUUUUCUGCUUCCGGGUUCUUUUAAUGAUUUAGAAGACUGUGUGGGCUUAUCCAGUGACAGACGUGCCUAGUAUCUAUAUACAUGAUAAGGAUAUCUAUUGAUAUUGUAGGCACUUCUUUAAACAGUAAGCUUUUGGCGAAUUGAAAGAUAAUUCGCAAAUGUAGCAUGAGGCAGAAAUAAAAAGGUGUUACAGCUACAGACAAGGUAUCUGUAGCUUUUUCAUUGAGUUUCUAAAAUUAUUAAAGGUGGACCAGGGAUUUACUGAUCACAUGCACUCUGUAGUCCAUUUAGCAUCAAAUGCGAGACUGCAUUGACCACGCUUAUUUAAGUUUUAAUGUCGCGAGGCAAAAAUCGCAUUGUUCCCGUGUACUUUUUGGAUGUAAUUGUGAAGGGUUUGCAAAUGCAUGUCUGUGAAAACAGACACGCCCAAUCAGUUUACAUGCAGUGUAAAGAUUUUUGGUGUUCUUGUCUCUUUUUUUUUUUACAUUGUUUCAACAAUUAUUACCUAAAAUGUGCUUAGGCUCAUGCAAGGAAGAUAAAAAUGUUUGCUUUGAAGCCAAAUAAAUGUACAUUUUUAGUAAGUUAUAACUGGACAUUUGUAUUUUUGUCUGCUAAAAUGAAUAACUGAUUUUGCAUUUAUUGCCACAAGAGGGCGCAGUAACAUCUGGAAAAAUGUUUUUAUCUUGACCCUGAUUUUAAACAUCUUCACAAAAUACUUUUUUACAAUAUUUUUAAGAUCUUUCUUAAGCUAUAAAGCCUUAAACCAUAUAAUUUACACAAGAAGUGUGUGUUUGUGUGUAUCUAAGAAGACAAGAAAAAGUGAACAUUCCACGUCGCCUCCCAGCUCUGACUGUAAUGGCUCUCGUCUCCAUAUCACAAACUGUCAAGAUUAGCUCACACUAAAUCCUGCUUUGAAUUUUUAUUAUCUCUUUCAGAGACUGAGAGAUAAGAAGUUUGUUUGUUGUUGACAUUGUGUGAUAGAGGGUUUCUUAUUCGAGCCAUAAUGACAGAGCAACAACCAGUCUGUCUUUUUACUUAUGGCCUCUGA